CACACGCACACACACACACACACACGCAUACACACACAUACACACACACACACACCAGCAGAGCUCCCUCUGUUUAAGCUGUUUCAUUUUUUAUAUCGGAAGGACCGGAGGAAGCUGCAGACAUCCAUCCCUCUGGUUUGUUCCUCCCGCUGCAACUCCGGAGUUUUACUGGGAGGAAACACAAGUUAACAUGACGGAAUGGCAGUGAAUGGGUUGCCAGGGAGUCUAAUCCGAGCGGAGUGAAUGGAGGCAGCAGCAAACUAAACUGAGAAUGGAGGACGGCUUUUCCAGCUACAGCAGCCUGUAUGACACCUCAUCCCUGCUCCAGUUCUGCAACGAUGACAGCGCGUCGGCAGCCAGCAGCAUGGAGGUGACGGACCGCAUCGCCUCCCUGGAACAGCGGGUCCAGAUGCAGGAGGAUGAGAUCCAGCUGCUCAAGUCCGCUCUGGCCGACGUGGUUCGGAGGCUGAACCACUCGGAGGAGCAGCAGGCCAUGGGGUCGCGCAGAGGACCCACCAAAGCCAGGCCGAUGAUCGCCACUCUGCCGCUGCGGCCCACGGUCAACAAUGGGACCGUCCUGCCGAAGAAAGGCAGCAGCACCCUGCCCUCCCCGUCUGGACCCGGGACCAGGAAGGACGCCGGCCCGGCAGCCAACAAGAGCACUGUGAGGAGAGCCAACUCAAACGAACACGUGGGGACUCUCACUCGCAAGGAUUCGGGCGACUCCAAGGGGAACCGAACCCGGGCCGGGUCAACAGGCAGCAACUCCAGCGGCAAGAGAAGCGACAGCAAACAGAGGGAUCCAGUGUUCAAUGCAGGGAUGCGACGUGUGACCCACUGCAAAGAGGAAGGUUAUGUGAAGAUGUUCUUGAAGGGUCGCCCCGUCACCAUGUUCAUGCCUAAGGACCAAGUGGACAGCUACAGCCUGGAGGCCCGAGGCGAGCUGCCCAGCAACAAGCUCAAACUGGACUGGGUCUACGGUUACCGUGGCAGAGACUGUCGCUCCAACCUGUACCUGCUUCCUACUGGAGAGACGGUGUAUUUCAUUGCCUCCGUGGUCGUCCUGUUCAACGUGGACGAGCAGCUGCAGAGACACUACACAGGACACACGGACGACAUCAAGUGUUUGGCCGUCCACCCUGAUAAAAUUACGAUUGCGACUGGGCAGGUGGCAGGAACCUCCUCAGACGGAAAACUGGCUCCUCACGUCCGCGUGUGGGACUCUGUCAGCCUCAACACGCUCCACGUUCUGGGCGCAGGCUUCUUCGACCGAGCGCUUGUCUGCCUGGCUUUCUCCAAGUCGAAUGGAGGAAACACACUUUGCGUUGUGGAUGACUCCAACGAUCACGUCCUGUCUGUGUGGAGCUGCUGGUACAGUGGCUGUCUGCUGAACUGGACUUGUUUCUUUCUUGAGUUUUCCAGACAACAGUGGACCACACAAAUUACUCAUGUUUUUUAUUUUUGUACAAUCUCCUUUUCAGUUCAACCUUAUCAGUGGAGACACAUUGUUGAUGUUAGGCUGUUUGAGAAACAGGAGAAGCCCAAGUUCGUUCUGUGUGUGACCUUUGCUGAAAAUGGCGACACUAUCACAGGAGACUCCAGUGGAAACAUCCUGGUGUGGGGAAAAGGCACUAAUCGCAUCAGCCGCGUCAUCCAGGGAGCUCACGAGGGCAGCAUCUUCGCAGUGUGCAUGCUGAGAAACGGCGCCCUAGUGUCCGGAGGGAAGGACCGCAGGCUUAUUUCAUGGGACAGCAGCUACCAGCAGAUCCAAACAGUGGAGGUUCUUGAGUUUUUCGGUCCAAUCAGAACCAUAGCAGAGGGCAGAGGGGAAACCGUCCUCAUCGGCACCACCAAGAACUUUGUUCUGCAGGGCAGCUUGGAUGGAGAAUUCAUACCCAUCACUCAGGGUCACACUGACGAGCUGUGGGGUCUGGCUGUUCAUCCCUGGAAGCCCCAGUUCCUGACCUGCGGCUAUGACAGGCAGGUCUGUAUGUGGGACUCCAGCACUCAUCAGCUCAUCUGGACCAAAACCUUGGAGGAUACAGCCCAGUCAGCAGGUUUCCACCCAUCAGGAGCCGUGGUUGCCGUGGGAACCCAGACUGGCAGGUGGCUGGUUCUGGACACGGAUUCGAAGGAUUUAGUUACAGUUCACACAGACGGGAACGAGCAGCUGUCGGUGAUGCGCUACGGCCCAGACGGUAACUUCCUGGCUAUCGGUUCCCAUGACAACUACAUUUACAUCUACGCCGUGGCAGAAAAUGGCAGGAAGUACAGUCGGGUUGGGAAGUGUUCGGGUCACUCCAGUUUCAUCACCCAUUUGGACUGGUCUGUGGACUCCCAGUAUCUGGUCUCAAAUUCAGGCGACUAUGAGAUUCUCUACUGGAUCCCCUCGGUGUGUAAGCAGGUCGUCAGCGUGGAAACCACCAGAGACAUCCAGUGGUUCACUCACACCUGCACUCUGGGCUUUCAGGUGUUUGGGUUGUGGCCCGACGGCUCCGACGGCACCGACAUCAACGCAGCGUGUGCGUCCAGCGACAAGAGCCUCCUGGUUACUGGAGAUGAUUUCGGGAAGGUCCAUCUUUUCUCAUACCCAUGUUCACAGUUCAGGGCUCCAAGCCAUGUUUACCGGGGCCACAGCAGCCACGUGACAAAUGUGAGCUUCCUCCAUGACGACAGCUACCUGGUGUCGACCGGCGGGAAGGACAUGAGCGUCCUGCAGUGGAGGAUAGUCUGAACAGCCGAACAGAACAGAACUGCACUAAAAUGAACCAAACUAAAAACAAAAAAGACUCCAAAUAAGAAGUGGAUGUGAGUGAUCGGAAGUGGUUGAAAUGCAGAACUUUUCCUUUUUUCAGUUUUUUUUAGUCACACUACAUGAACAAAACAAACGGUCCAACAGAACCAAAGGCUCCGACUUUCUGACUGCACUUACUCAGCGUGGAUGUCCCGGUUCUGCUCUCAGGAGGUUUGUUCGCUGCCAGACAGAACCGAAUGGAGCCGGAGAGCCAAAAAACCCUGAAAUGUUGGGAUUGUUAUUGUUACUCUUUAAACUUUUGUUUUGUAUUUAACAACUCAGGAAUGCACUAAUGAAGCAAGACUCUUCCCCACUUAACAUAUCAGGAAGAACUUCUGGCAACAGCUUGCAAAGUAUUGAAUUUUCCACACAAGAACCACAAACUUUGAUGUUUUUUACUUAAUUUUUAUGAAACAGACUAACACAAAGUCAUGCAUAAUUAUGAAAUCGCUUAAACGUUUAAUCAUAAUAAAUAAAUUAUUUAUUAAUUAUUAAUUUAGUACUUUAAGUAUUAAUUUAAUUGCUGUAUGCUGAAAAAAUUACAUAUUCAAAGCUGUAAUUAAGACAAAAAUCCGCAAAAGAUACAUUUUGCAUACAAGAUGGAAAAAAAAACCCAUAUUAGGUUAAAACUUUUUAAGAGCACCUUUUGCCAUCUAGUUUUAAUUUAUAUAAUCUAAAAAUAAUCAACAGAUUAACUGCACUUCCACAGGUUAGGAUUUUAUAAAAAAGUUUAGCUACAGAUUCAUCCUUUGCUACUAAUAAUCAUGUUACUGCAUUUUAGCCAAUAAAAUGUUCAUUUUCUUGCUUAAAAAAUCAACUUAAAUUAUUUAUGUAUUUCUAAUAUUGCAUAAAAAGGCCUACAUGUAAAAUGUGUAGAAUUUCCCAGUGUUUUUAUCCAAUUAAUCAAUUCAUCUUCAGAAUAAUUGAUAGAUUAAUUGAUACCUAAAAUAAUCGCCUAAUAAUAUUUACAGAAAGAAAAUCUGAAAGUUUUUGCUUUUAUUUCAAGAUAGCUCAAACUCAGUCACAUGAGAUGUAAAAUAACAAAUGUUCAGGUAUUCCCACAAACUUUCAUUUAGUCUGGACUUUGACUAGGUCAUUCUGACACAUGAGUGUGAUGUAAACGACUGUAUUGCCUUUAGCAGGUUUUUUCCCAGUAUUGGCCUUUUUUAUUUCCAUCCAACCUUACAUGGCAUUAUGCUGCCACCGCCGUGUUUUACCACAGGAAUAUAUUAGUUCGUUUCUACAUUUAAAUUUAUUCAUGCUAAUUGGAAACAUUCUAUUUAGAUUUUUAUUUGUAAAAAAAAUACCUUUGGCUUUACAUUGAGGCACUUUUUGUUGGUCUAUCACACAAAAUUCCUGAAAAAAACAUAAAAGUUUGUUGAUGUAAAGUGAUCCAAUGUCAAAAAGUUUAAGAUAUAUCAGUGACAUCAUCACAAUAUAACAAAUCAGGUUUCAGCCAAUUGAGAACCGAAUGAAGGAUUUUCUGCAUCACAGUCUCAACAUAUUUGACCAACCCUGCAAAAACACAAAAUCUUAAGAAAUAUUUUUGGUCCAGUUUCUAGUCCAAAUAUCUGACACAUGAAAUGAGAAAAAACUAACUAUAUGUUAGUUAGAGAAAACUAACUAACAUAUUGUGCUCCAGCUACUUGUAAUUUUUUUAUUUCAAGUGCGUUAAGAUAUUUGCACUAGAAAUUGAAUGGUAAGAUUUUGUGUUUUUGCAGUGUUCAAGCUGAAAAGGAAACAAUUUUCUUUUUAUUUAUUGAUUUUAAUCCAAAUCUCCCUCUGCCAGUCGUUUCUCCUUGAGUUUUUCUCCCUUUGUCGUCCUGAGUGGGUGAAUCUAUACCAAGAGCUAUGGCACGGUUCUGUGGAAAACCUGAGUGGAAUUUUGAAACAGUUUUAGCUCUUUUUUUUUUUUUUUUUGAUGAAAUGUGUCUUUUUUUUCCAAACAAAAAAGAGGAGCAUUAAAAACAAGCAAAUGUUGUUUUUUUGUUGUUGUUUUUUGGCUUCGAAGGUUUGCUCCUGCAGAGGAAGGAAGAGACCGUUGCACUGUAAUCGCCUGACGUUUUGCACCGACACUGAACUGAACCCUUUUCCUCUGUGAUGCACUUCUUCCGCCUGGCAAACACACUGCAGGUUUCUUACUGCUCACCGUUACAUGAAACAAUCUCUGCUCCAGUCAGGUUUCUGCUUCAGAGCCAAACUUUAUCGGGACGGAGUUGAGUGGAUUUUAGUGUGAGUCUCUCUGCUGGUGUGUGUGACUGAUGGUUGGAGCUUCAUUCUCAGUAAAAUCUUUUAACUUCCUCCAGCUGGAUGUAACAGAACCUGUUUUACCACAUAACACCUGAAGCUGCAGAUUUAUUCCUAUUAAAUACCUAACAUCUGACUGAAAACAAA